GAGAGAAGGUUGCGGAAGGUUACUGGAGGACGGUGGCGUGACUUAAUUUCCCUAUUUUAAUGCAGAAUUAACUUGUGGUUGGAUGAAAAUGAUAACCCAGUGUUGUAUGUGAUUGUUCCUGAUUUGAUUCGAUUUGUGUUUUGGUGAUUUAGCUGUACUCUGAACUGUUAUUUUUAUUUAUUUAACAUUAAAAUAGUGAAUUGCAGUGAGCUGAAGUUUUGGAUACUUUAUCGAUAGGAAAAUAAAACUGAAGGGAAUACUGAAUCAGAUGAUGGACGGGUUGCAUUAAUGGCCGGUUCGUGGCGCCUGACGCGUGCAUGGUAUUCAUCCCAGGGGCAGGAAGCGCCAUGCAGUUCCUUGACACGAUCAUGCACGUCAUAGACCAACUCGACCGGGUGUAAAACAGGAGCUCCAGAGUCCUCUGCAGCAAGUGAUGUGAAGGUUGCGGUCCUCCAAGCAGCGCCGGCGAGAGAACGAGGGCGAAUCGGCAGCAAAGGCAAGCAGCAUGACCACUAACACGCAGGGGUCGCGAGGGACGCCAGCGGAAUUGAGUCGCAUUCUCAAGAAAGUCAAGAAUGUUCUGGAGGAUCAAAAGAGCAAGUCGCCGGACUGGAGGUCAUCGUCGGCGGACUCUGAUGCGAAGGAUGCCGACCUGUCCGUGCGGGACUCCGCAGGACACCUGGACGACGUCAACGAGGCAUUCGGCGCUUGCCAGACGGUGGAGUGGAAGGAGCAGGAGUACCGCUACCUCCGGUCCAAGCUGAUGGGCCACAGAAGGCGGGACGCGGCCAACGGGUCGAGUGCCAUGCUGCUUGGGAGCGCCACCCUCCCCGCCGUGCACAAGGCGCUGCUGAGGUCCCUCUCCACCCCCGACCCGCCGCAGGUCGAGCCGCGCAGUUACAAGUCAUUCCUGCGGCAGCGGCGGGCAUCACUUGCCCUCGAGGCCGACCCGCCAGGAUCUUGCGGUUGUGGAGUCAGAGACGCCAAGAACAGGAAGCGCAGAAGUGAAAUAAUAGCCAAAGAUGUGAAGGGAAAGAUAUCGCUCGAGCGCGAAAUAGCAUUGAUGAGAGAGAUGUCAAACCCCGAAUGUGCCAAAAUCGUUUCUUUCGUCAAGUCCAGCGCCUGGGCCUCUCGAGAGUCUAUUCUGUCCACGACUUCCCGAAGUUUCGAGUCCAGUGAGGAGGACGCUAUAAGUGUUGUGCUGAAUACCAGCGUCGUGGGGGAGUCCUCCGAAGAAGAAAGUCAAAAGCGCCAGUGUUUGCAGCGAUCAGUGUCGGAGGAGACGCUGAUCUACCAGCAGGAGGGCACCUUGGAGAAGCCACAGGAACCAAGCGGAGAUCAAGGUUCCAACCAUGAGUGCGAGGGCAAGCACGCCCUGGGCGACUCCUGCUCUUGCUGUCAGGGAAGUCCUUCGUGCCUCAAGGAUGACCCGGGAGGGAGCAGCACACAGCGGUCCACCACGUCGAUGAAAAGCAUUUUCGACUCCAUCCCUCAUAUCGACUCCUCCUCCGAGGACGAGGGCGAGGACUUCAGGACGAAAACGGUCGGCACGGUUCCUAGUCCCGCGUCGACGCCCGAAAAGCAUACCAAAGAUUUCCCACCGGAAUGCCCUCCUCUGUGCCUGCCCGAGGAGGACUUCGAUACCAACAGCGCUGACGAUUGCCAGGCUGAGGCCGAGUGUCACGACGCCGACCAGCUAACGUCAUCCCAGACUAAAGGUAAGAAAGUCCAUUAUCGUGUAGUCUCUGGGUAUUUCAAGUCCACAAGAUGA